ACUGCAGCCGGCGGAGCUCGCUCAUCAUCAGACUCGAACCUGCGAUUCUUUGCUUCCCAUCGUUCGUCCUCGACACUCGUCCAACUCCGGAGAAUCGCCGCUUUCGGUCUCACGCAGUCAUGUCCCUGACUCCGGACCUGUCGGACCUGUCUCGGCUCUACCAGACUGAGUUCGUCCGUAGUGCCCGGGCAGUCGGGGUGCUGUGGGCCGUGUGCACUCUCUGCUUCGCCAUCAUCCAGGUGGUGGUCCUGGUGCAGCCCUCCUGGGUCGGCACCACAGAGAGACACCAGCAGGGGGUGGGUCCUGCCCCCCCCAGCGGGACCUUGGGGCUGUUCGAGGUGUGUCUGGAAUCGGACUGGCCCGUCCCGGAGUGCCGCGGCAGCCUCUCCACACUCUCCCCGCUGCCCUCCUUCCAGUCUGUGGCCGUGCUGGUCGGUGUGUCCCUGUGGGCCGUCUGGACCAGCGUCAUCUGCCUCUGUCUCUUCAGGUUCUGCAGCGCCGCCACCGUCUACAAGAUCUGUGCUUGGCUGCAGCUGACCGCAGGCUUCUGCCUGGCACUGGCCUGUCUCCUGUUCCCAGACUCCUGGGAGAGUCCAGAGAUGAGGGCUCUCUGCGGCGACUCGGUUGGCAGCUUCUCCUCAGGAAACUGCUCGGUUCACUGGGCCUACAUCCUGGCCCUGCUGGGAGUCCUGGAUGCGGCCAUCUUGGCCACGCUGGCGUUUGUUUUGGCCAACAGGCAGGAUGCUCUGCUGCCUCCCGACAGCAAGGAAGUGACGACAGGACUGCUGAUGUCGGCGUGACUGGAGUCCCGGAUGCCUCAUUGAUUCUUAUCAAAUACAUAUGCAGUAUAUUUGUCUGUUUCCAUAUAUGCACUUGCUGAAGAUCUACACCAUGUAUACCCAUGCUUAUCUAAAAAUAUCAACUUUUAUAGAGACGGAAUUUUAU